AUGUUCGAGACGGCAGGGUCGGAGCUGAGACAUCAUUCCAAUGCCGGUAGCGACGUCAUACGGCCAGAACCAGCAGAUCCGGAAGAUGUAGCCAAAAAGGCUCGGUCAAGACGCGCGCGGCUGCCGCGAUCACAGUCAGCCGGCAACAUGCUGGAGGCUGUCGGUGCUCCAAACAAGAGUGUCAAAUAUGAACCACGAGACAUUCCUCGAGAGUCAAGUGAGCACCGCGAACUGAGAGCGCUCGCGAAAUUCUUCCGAACCACGGCACCGCCGACUAAUAAUGCCCACGACAACUGCAUGACUCUGACUCGGUCUGGGUCGCCUGGGUCUGGUGACGACAGCAAACUCUCGAUUCAUGCUAUGAUGAAGCGGCGGCGAGCCGCAAAACGAGGAACACAGUCAUUACAGUUGCAGCUUUCCGACAAGGUGAUCGCCAAGAAAACCAUUGAAGGCUACCCAUAUGCUACUAUUGCCAUCCCUCAUCAGCAGGAUGCCGAUGGACCUUGGUUCAGAUCGCAGUAUCCUGUGAUUCCUAGAUCAAGUUCUCGUGGAACUGGUGGGCCACCUCAAUGGCCUGAGCGAACUACUUCCAGAGGAGCUCCGGGCCCUUCUGCGCCGACUCAUGGAGCAUCAACGGACAAUCUCGGAUUCAAAUCGCACUGGUCACAUCAAAGCUUAGAUAUUAAGGCACAGUCCCAUGAGCCUAGCCCUGACGACCUGAAGAAUUUCACCGAAGCUCGACUCCAGGCCGCCAGCUUCCUUCGUCGCCUGGCUGAAGACUCUCUCUCAACCCAGGAUCCCGAAACUGAAACUCAAACAGGAGUCGUGCGGAUGCCCAAGCAAGAUUUGGCGGGAGCGCAUCAACUACAGUCUCCAUUAUUGCCUUCAACGAUACGCAAUUUUGACAAGCACCAGCCUCAUUAUACGACGGUGGAGUUUCCAGCUACGCCUCCACCGUCUGGACAGCUUCAAGAGUUCCAAUGGCCUGAGCUUGUUCUCAACCCUGCCGGAGUAUCGCCAACAGCUUCACCAAAGACCCUUUUCACCAGACAACGACAGUCUAGCCUGUCAAGUUCACAUGCGGGUUCCGCUUCGCCCAAGUCUCCCAGAAUUCUGCAGAAGCCUCUCAGUAUUGCUACAGGUCGUGGUUUAAUUGUACCGCAGGACAACAUACAGCCCGAAUCCCCAGGUUUCCCAAGAAUGUUGGCCGCCAUGGAGUUUCCUUCUCCACCUAGAGUGUCAAGAUCACCCUCGUCUGCCAGCACUCUUAGUUCACGAAUCUCGUCACCAUCCCCGGCUCAGUUUCCCCCAGUUGUUCGUCCUCGGACUUCCAGCAAAGGUGCCAUGACCACCCCAAGCGGACCAAUUUCCCUUGAUGAGAUGAUCAUGAGAAAGACACGGUCAGGUCUUCCCCGUUCUCAAUCGGAUCACGCCCUGCGAAAAUACGUAGACAUAGAUCUAGCUGAUAGGCCUGUCGCAACAAAUCAUGGCCUUGGCAUUACUACGCCAAGUGGAGUCGCUGGGGAAAUUGCACAAUAUCCACGACGUCACGUGGGAUCUGCCUUGCUCACGGACAAUACAGCACAUACAAUUCCAAACUCUUCGGAGUCAGCCGUCAUUACUCAGGAAGAAUACUACGUGUCAAGAGAGUCGCCAGCACUAGGACAAAGUAAAUCACACCGACGAUCUACGUCAAGCGUAUCGACAAUCACAGCGGAGUCCCUCAGACGCUCCACGUCGACCUCAAACAACCGCCAGUCGACGCGAAGCAAUGCUACUACUGCCAGCACACCACCUGGUUUAGUGGUCGGUGACGGUGUUGGAGGCUCGUAUGAGAGUAUGAUCUCAAACCAGCCUCGGGUCUACGCGCCGGUACCCGAUGCCCUCAGAAAAUCUCAUCUGCAAAGCGCCGUAGGCAAAGAUGUGACAUACUCUGAUCCUGGCAGUACUUUGUCCCUUGAUUCGGCAGCUGGCAGCGCUACGAACAAGCCAUUGAGUAUUGCCGAAAGACGCAUGGUCCGUCAAAGACGGUCUGACGGGUUGAGGGAGCGAAGUUUUGAUCUUCCUCGCUCCGGGCCAAGACCAUCACCUCGGACCACUACCAACCCAGAAGCAGUCGAUUCGCCUGUUCUUGGGUGGUUCUCACAAAGCACAGUUCCGACUCGCAAAGCAUCCCUUCGAGGACCGUCGCCUCUGGUCCGGAUGUCUCACACGGCAGCCAUCAGUGAAUUUAUUGAGAAUCAACAGGAGCCAGGAGAAGUAUGCUUGGAAAUGGCGGUUAAGGCCCAAGAGUCCGAAAAUGCAAAAACCAUUCGUGCUAUGGAGCGAGGCGAAGAAGCCGUGUCCGACAUUGUAUCUGUGGAGACACCCGGAAAUCGUGCUUGGUCAAUUUCCCCCAUACUGGCGACAGAAAUCGAACCAGUGCCAAGUGCAAUCUUCGUCGAUGUAAAGGCCAGCAACCUUACGAUCUCACCAUUGAUGCUGGUAGCAAACAUUGAGCCUAGCGAUGAACAUGAAUUGGCUCCCAAGCCGACAACACACUUACGGUUGUCCAAUAUUUGGACCACAGAAACCGUGGCCCCCUCAACUCCGUUCAAGUCACCACACCGGCCUAGGUAUACUCCCAAGCGGCUUUCUCUCCACAUACCCUUGCCAGUGAAGAUAGCUGGUGCGUCGUCGGAUAUCAGUGCACCGGUUAUUCCGAGCAAUGGACAACUUCCUGGCAGAAGUAGUCUACCGAGCUUUCCAACAACACUACAGUCCAAGGCUCUCAAACGCUUCAGCCUGCCAACUCAUGUGACGGGCGGCCAGACGCCGUGGACAUCUUGGGACCGAGCUUCUUUCCCUCGAAGAGGCGAAACCAUCAUGGCACAGCACCUAGAAGAGGAGAGCUCAUCGGAUGAAGCUGAGGUUUUGCCAAGAAGACGCAGCAGCGUCAUCAAGGAGCGCAUCCAUAAGGAGAAAAUGGCAAAGGAGAAAGAAAUUGCUGAAUUAGUCGCGAACAUUGCUACUAAUACACCCAAGGUUGAGAUACAAGCUACGACUGUUAAUGAAGACGAAGAAGGCAAAAACUACACCACUGAUGAUUUAGAGCUUCAUCUCCAACGUCUCGAACAAAACAGCGAUGCAUGGCUCAGCGUUUUAGAUCCAUUGCUCAACAACAUGGCCAGCACUCUUCGAGAGGUGAAGAAAGAUGGAAGAGGCGCUCCAUUACUUAUGGGAGAAUUCAUGAUUGACAUGGCAGCUGAAGCAAGGCGUUCCAUGUUAUCUAUUGCGGCUCCCGAAAAGACCGCAAAUACCAAGAGCUCCGUCUCAUUCGAGGGAUUUGACGGCGCUCACCCAGCAGCUAAUACCAGACCGAAACCAGCGCCUGCACCAGAAGUAGACGGAAGCAUCAGAAUCAAGAAAUCCGGACGGGGUCGAAGUCCAUCCAAUAUUGCGCGUCUGCGAUUGCCCCUUGACCAGCCAGAAAAAGCACACGAGGUUAUACAAGCUGUGGACUCGAGCUCCGAAGAAUCAAAGCGACAUCAAGAAGCCCAUCUCAACGACUCGGGCUUUGCGACACUUGCGACCCCAGAACGCGACUCUACAGAGAACCCAAGGACGCCGCAACAGCAUGAAUUUGAAGCCGGCCUGGCAGUACGAAAGCGGAUACAGGCGCAGGAAAUCAUGAUGGACGAGCUCAUGAGCAAAUGGGGUAUGCCAACGCCUCGUGCAUCUCAAGACUCGACCAGAAUCGUCAUGGCAGAACCAGCAUAUGUGCAACCACAGUCGCCAUGCGAGCCCGAGACACACAGCAGAAGCAGCAGCCUGGACACCGCCAAGCCGACUAUUAUAAGCGGUAGCAAGUCAAACGACCUCGAUACUACUCCAUUAGAUCUCAUAAAUUCGCCAAUGGCCAAUAUUCGGAGAGGCAGCCGCCGCUGGAGCAGUGCUGGAGAGAGGGCUAGCUGGAAGCCUGGUGACAGCAGCUUCAUGAACGUCCUAAUACAUGACUUGAAGGAAUCUUCCAGAAUUAGCCUAGAGAGCACAGCGGAUAUCCAAAGUCUGUUGUUGUAG